AUGGUGAGAGACGCGUCUCAGCUGGUGAGAGAUGUGUCUCAGCUGGUGAGGGAUGUGUCUCAGAUGGUGAGAGACGCGUCUCAGCUGGUGAGAGAUGUGUCUCAGCUGGUGAGGGAUGUGUCUCAGAUGGUGAGAGACGCGUCUCAGCUGGUGAGGGAUGUGUCUCAGCUGGUGAGAGAUGUGUCUCAGUUGGUGAGAGAUGUGUCUCAGCUGGUGAAAGAUGUGUCUCAGCUGGUGAGAGAUGUGUCUCAGUUGGUGAGAGAUGUGUCUCAGCUGGUGAGAGAUGUGUCUCAGCUAGUGAGAGACGCGUCUCAGCUGGUGAGAGAUGUGUCUCAGCUAGUGAGAGAUGCGUCUCAGCUGGUGAGAGAUGUGUCUCAGCUGGUGAGAGAUGUGUCUCAGCUAGUGAGAGACGCGUCUCAGCUGGUGAGAGAUGUGUCUCAGCUAGUGAGAGACGCGUCUCAGCUGGUGAGAGAUGUGUCUCAGUUGGUGAAAGAUGUGUCUCAGCUGGUGAGAGACGCGUCUCAGCUGGUGAGAGGCGUGUCUCAGCUGGUGAGAGAUGUGUCUCAGCUAUUCCUCAAGGGGACGCACAAACCCAGUGAGUACAAACCCAAUGAACACAAGCCCAUUGAACACAAACCCAGUGAACACAAGCCCAUUGAACACAAACCCAGUGAACACAAGCCCAUUGAACACAAACCCAAUGAACACAAGCCCAUUGAACACAAACCCAGUGAACACAAGCCCAUUGAACACAAACCCAGUGAACACAAACCCAGUGAGUACAAACCCAGUGAACACAAGCCCAUUGAACACAAACCCAGUGAACACAAACCCAGUGAACACAAACCCAGUGAACACAAACCCAGUGAACACAAAACCAGUGAACACAAACCCAGUGAACACAAACCCAGUGAACACAAACCCAGUGAGCACAAACCCAGUGAACACAAAACCAGUGAACACAAACCCAGUGAACACAAACCCAGUGAACACAAACCCAGUGAACACAAAACCAGUGAACACAAACCCAGUGAACACAAACCCAGUGAACACAAAACCAGUGAACACAAACCCAGUGAACACAAACCCAGUGAACACAAACCCAGUGAACACAAACCCAGUGAACACAAACCCAGUGAACACAAACCCAGUGAACACAAACCCAGUGAACACAAACCAGUGAGCACAAACCCCGUGAACACAAACCCCGUGAACACAAACCCCGUGAACACAAACCCAGUGAGCACAAACCCAGUGAACACAAACCAGUGA